AUGUCGGUCACAACGACCGCGACAACAACAACAGCAUCUGCCCCAGCUGUUGAGGCCAUUUUCCGGUACGAGGAGCCUGACCGGUCUGUCCCCGCCGAGGAGCGGAGUUUUUUCUCCAGGCCAGCACCAAGAAACCUCAGGGAGGAGAAAUUGACCCUCAACGACUACCGGACCGACACGAAGUUGGCCAAGGGUGCCGAGGGCCUCCACAAGCAUGGUUUCACGGUCGUCGAGCACUACAUUGACCCCAGCGCGUGGGCGACCGAAGAAGACAUCCUGCAGACAUACAUCCCGGCGGUGCAAGAACUUGUCGAGACCGUGACCGGGUGCAAAACCGCAAUCGUCAACAAUGUCGCUUUUCGCCGUAAGAAGGCGCGGGAAUAUGACGCUGACAGGACCUUCUACCAUCCCCGCGGCGGAGAGCUGGACAAGAUGAUCAGUGCACUUCCGUCUGACCGUCCAAUGAGUAGGUUGACCCCGUCAUUCUUCUUCUCCGGAAUCAUCUUGAUAGAACCAGAAGCAUGCUCUGACUAUGUACUCCUCGACACUGUAGUUUCCCCGCAGGAGCCGGAAAGAUCUCUCGAACCGGCCCGCGCUUUGCACGUGGACUACACGCUCAAAGGUCUCCGCGACACGAUCAAAUACUGCCGCGCCGACUUUGCUGAAGCGGGCGCCGAGGCGAUCAAAGCCCACGAGGCAGGAAAUCGAGGACCGCGCGUGGCGGCGUACAGCGUGUGGAGGCCACUCAAGACAGUGAAGCGGGAUCCCAUUGCCGUGUUGAAUUGGAAGUCUCCGGGCAAUAUCCACAACGACCUCCAUACCUUCGACUACCGGGCCAAGGGCUUCCAGGGAGAAUAUCUGCUCGAAGCAUACACCAUCUCGCGACCGCAAAAGCGCGAGGACCACGAAUGGUACUACGUCUCUGAACAGAAGCCGCACGAGGUGAUGAUGAUCAAGUUUGCAGACACGGACAGUGAGCACGAUAAGGACGUUGCAGCCGCUGGGGGACACGGAAGUCCCUUCGUCGUAGGCACUGAGGAUGCGGAACCCAGAGAGAGCAUUGAAGCCAGGGUGUUGGCAUUUUGGUAG